UAGAGUGAGUCCUAUAAAAAGGGAUGCAAAGGGCCGCCGUUUUUCCUUCUUCUAUUGUUUUUCCAUGAAUGAAAAAAAAAUCUGCAGAAGCUCUGGUUUGAGCCCAAGAACUUGCCCUGUAAAGCGAGCGAGGCCAUGGACAACUUGUCGCCGAUGUGGGAGAUCAUGGGACCCGGCAUUGCCGGCGCCGUGUUCGGGGCUGGCUGGUGGUUCUGGGUCGACGCCGUCGUCUGCAGCGCCGUCAAGGUCUCCUUCCUCCAUUACCUCCCCGAAAUCUUCGCGUCUCUGGCGGCUCUCAUGUUCAAUUGCGUCAAUAGAGACGAUGUCAGCUACGACUACUACUCUCCCUACGGGGACAGCGAAUGGAGGUUGAAGCUCUGGCUCUUUGUUGCAUAUGUUGUUUCCUUUGUCUCUCUCUCUGCAGCAGUGGGCUUGCUAAUACAAGAUGCCCUCACAGAUAAGGGCCCUUCCGUGUGGACAGAUGUUGCUAGUGUCCUUCAAUGUGUGCUUGUCUUGAUCAGUGGGCUGAUCUACUGGAUUUGUCAUUCGGAAGAUUGAGAUGAUAAAAUCUGUUCCACAUUUGAAGUGGGCAUGUAAAGAUGAAGUCACCAUGAACUUAGUCACUGACAAAUACAAAGAGAAAAAGAAAGGGCAAAAAACAUUUUUUUUUUUUUUUGUAGUUUUACUAUUUUAUAUAUCAAUAUUAUUCUGCAAAUAAACGAGAUACUAUAAUGAUCGUA